AUGUUUGAGGGGACGGAACUGAGCUCCGCAGCAAGCUCGAGGAAACCCAACUCGCAUUCAACGCCCAAAACCUUCAGAUCAUCCCGGUCGAGUCGCCGCCGAGAGAGUACCCUGAUAUCGAACAUAAGCAUAGUCACGCGCAACUCAGACAGAGAAGAGAGCACUGAAAGCACUAGGAGGAUGUCCUGUAACAAGUUCGAGACCCUAGCGCCCGCCUACCCCACUGCUCUGCCCCCCGGGGAGUAA